UGUCUAGGCUGCCUGCCAUGACGGGGCCCACGCGCGCGGGGCUCUCCGCGGGGCCCGGCCGGCCCCCGCGAGGAGCGUGGAUGCUGUUCCUACUGCUGCUCACCAGUGCCGUGCCCGAGUCCCUGGAGCAGGACGAAGACAUCCCGCACAACGAAGUCCGGAACUGGGCGUUGAAGCUGGGCGUCACCUUGUGGGCCUACGGCAAGGAGACGACGAAGAUGAACGAGAUCCAACGGAAAUACCGCGAGAAGGACGUGAAGGUGGCGCGCAAGGACGGGCUGAUGCUGGUCCGCGACAUGACGGUGGAGCUGAAGAACAUGAUGGACGCCAAGAUGCACGCCGUGCUGAGGAUCAUGGACUCGGCCGAGCAGGCGGCGCUGUCGCACAAGAUGGAGCACAAGAACGGCAAGGCCACGGUGUGGUCGCCAGAGGCCGGCGCGCAGGGCCGCCGCGACGGCAUGCGGUCCUCGCGGCACUUCGACCACCUGCCCGUCAACACCAACCGCAGCAACACCAUGCUGGCCGAGGACGUCACCGAGCGCGACCCGACCGUCACGAACGGCAUCGUGUGGUCCGAGCUGCUGGACGCGCUCUUCAUCAACAACUACGAGACGGACCCCACGCUGUCCUGGCAGUACUUCGGCAGCGCCAGCGGCUUCCUGCGCCGCUACCCAGCCUCGCGCGUGCCGGCCGACGAGUUCUUCGGCGACGCGCGCGCCGAGAUCCACGACUUCCGCACGUCGCAGUGGUACGUGUCGGCCGCCACCAGCCCCAAGGACGUCGUCAUCCUGCUGGACUCGUCGUCCUCCGUCAGCUCCACCAAGCGCGCCCUGGCGCUGCUCACGGCGCGCACCAUCCUGGAGACGCUGGGCGACAACGACUUCGUCAACGUGUUUCGCUUCGCGGACACGGCCGCCGAGAUCGUGCCGUGCUUCAAGGACAUGCUGGUGCAGGCCACCACGGCCAACCUCCGCGAGCUGAAGGCCGGGCUUGGCGGCGUGCGUCCGGAGGGGUCCGCCAACACGACCGCCGCGCUGGUCACCGCCUUCGACCUGCUGCACCGGUACAACCGCACGGGGCAGGGCAGCCAGUGCAACCAGGCCAUCAUGCUCAUCACCGCCGGGCCCGUGCUGGCCUCCUACAGCAACGUCCUCAAGCACUACAACUGGCCGCACAUGCCGGUGAGGAUGUUCACGUACCUCAUCGGCAAGGACUCGAGCACGGCGUCGGAGCUCAACAAGAUCGCCUGCGGCAACAAGGGGUACUUCAACCGCAUGAGCAACCGCAAGGACGUCCGCGCCCAGGUGCUCAAGUACGUGUCCGUGAUGUCGCGGCCACUCGUCAUGUACCAGAACGAGCACCCCGUGCAGUGGACGCCCGUCUACCGCGGCGGCAAGGGUAACAGCCUUCUGCGCGACGAAGUCAAGUACGGACAGCUCAUGACGUCGGUCAGCGCCCCUGUGUUCGACCGACGGAACGCCACGGAACGCGUGGCGAACUUGCUGGGAGUCGUUGGGACGGAUAUCCCUAUCGAGCAGAUCAUGAAGUUGGUCCCGCCGUAUAAGCUCGGCGUCAACGGCUACGGCUUCCUGGUGGACAACAACGGACACGUCCUUUUCCACCCGGACCUGCGGCCCAUGCAAAACUCGCAACAGUUCCAGGACACCCUCAAACCGGAGUACAACAGCGUCGACCUGACGGAGGUCGAGCUGGUGGACAGCGACGGCGGGCCGCGGGAGAACAACUCCAUGCUCCUCGAUCUGCGCCACGACAUGAUCGACCAGAAGGAGGGCGAGACGGACCUCACCAUCAAGACGGACUUCAACGGCAUGCGCGUCGCCACCCGCCGCAACAAGUACUUCUACAACCCCAUCUACGGCACGCCGUUCUCGCUGGCGCUGGCCCUGCCCGAAGGCUACGGCAUGUACGAGGCCAUCGGCGAGGAGGAGAUCAAGCGGAGCCCCGUGAACCUCACCGAAUGCUUCAAGGGAGACAACUGGAGAGUGCACCCGGACUGGGUGUACUGCGAGUACAACUACGCGUCCGACCACCACUUCAAGUCGCCCGAGGACCAGUUCCUCCACUUCCUGAACAAGGUGCGCAAGCCCGGCUGGAAGUGGAUGUCGCAGCGCCACUGGACCCCGCAGGCCGUCAAGGACAUGAAGAAGCUGGACCGCGACUCGUACUACUGCGACAAGACCCUGGUGCAGUCGCUGGUCUACGACGCGGUGGUGACCCAGACCCUCGACCAGCCCCCUCGCCUGGACCGCCCCUCCAACGCCAACGAGGACCGGCACCCUAUAGCCGUUCUGAUGGCUCUAUGGCGAAGCGAGGGCUACCAGUUCUUCGGCGCCACCAUGUCGUUCGUGGCGACGCGCAGCGGGCUGCUGCGCUGGCAGAAGCUCGGCGACGGCCACCACUCCGAGAAGAACCCCGUGUUCAGCGAGGCGCACCGCCGCUCCAUCGACGAGACCUGGUACAAGCGCGCCGUGGACCAGCACCGCGUUGAGCCCGAGUCCUUCGUGUACUCCGUGCCCUUCGACGCCGGGCAGCGCGGCGGCAAGCCCCUCGUCACCGCCACCCACGCCGUGUUCGUGGAGCACAAGGGCCACCGCGCGCCCGCCGCCGUCGUCGGCGUGCAGUACCUCCAGUCCAUCCUGUCGGCGCACUUCCUCAACAUCACGUCCACGUGUACCUCCAAGUGCAGCAAGACGUGCAAGUCGGACGAGCUGGACUGCUACGUGCUGGACAACAACGGCUUCAUCAUCCUGUCCGAGGUGGCCGAGCAGGCCGGCGCCUUCUUCGGCCAGGUGGACGGCACCAUCAUGGACUCGUUGGUGCAGGACCGCAUCUUCAAGCGCGUCGCCGUGUACGACUACCAGGGCGCGUGCUCCGACCAGGACUCGCCCUACAGUGCGGCGCCCGGCAGCCCCCGCGCCCCGACCGUCGCCUCGCUCUUCCGCUCGCUCACCGAGGGCGUGCUCGCCUACGUGGCUGCCGCGGCCUUGGACCUCCAGAUCGGCGCACUGCUCAGCGACACCUGGGCCGCCACUGCGCGCAUGCUGCGGGACUACCCGAGCUUUGCCGACGACUACGACUCGGACGCCGACGUGGACGACGCGCAGGACGAGGACGACGUCGGCGAGGAGGAGGACGAGGAGGAGGAGGAAGACUCGGAGGACAUGGGGCGGAUGGGGGCGUCGGGGCCGCGCGACGGGUCGCAGGGCGAGGACGAGGUGUCCAACACCCUGGACGAGGUGCCCAUGCACGCGGGCGAGGGCGCGCGCGCCGGCCACGCCAACCACAUCAACGGCGUGGUGCCCCCGCACGGCACGCACGGCUCGCACGGCACCCACGGCACGCAGCACCGCGGCCAGCAGCCCGCCGUCGACCUGGAGCAGAGCGAGGGCGGCUGGACGCUGUACCGCAAGAAGGAGCAGUCCUCCGACCUGCCGGUGCCGGUGCCGCCGCCGAUGGUGUCCACGAGCGACGACGAGAUGCUGGUGCGCGCCGACGAGCCCGACGUGCUGCCGCCCGCCGAGGACGCCCCCGCCGCGCCGCCGCAGCCCACGGCCGCCGUCAACACGUCGCGGCAGCGGCCCUGCGACAAGCGCGUCGACCUGUACGUGCUGCAGCCCGACAGACUCAACGCCAGCGGCACGGCCAACCCCCUCAAGGGCAAGCUCACCAACUGCCACGCCACGGGCUGCGAGAGGCCGUUCAGCGUGCAGAAGAUCCCGCACAGCAACCUCAUCCUGCUCGUGGUGGACACGCUGUGCCCGUGCGGCAACAAGAAGCUGGCCAUCCAGCCCCAGGAGGUGGUGUACGAGGGCGCCUCCUCCACCUGCAAGGGCCGCAACCCGCGCGACAACCUGGCGCGCCGCCGCCCGCCCAAGUGCAUCUCCUACCACCCGGAGGAGGUGGAGAUCCACGCGUGCGGGUCCGCCACCAAGCAGUCCCUGUCCACCGUGGCGUCCUGGACGUUCCUGGUGCUGGCCACGCUGCGGCACGUCGGGCUGGCCUGGCUGGCCUCAUGAUGGACCGGGCUGUGACACUGUGACACGUGACGUCGCCGCUGGUCCUUCCCCCGCCAGACUGUUGUUAUUCGUUGUUGUUACCGGGCGAGUGUCGGAGCGGGGGGCGGAUGGAGCGGCCCUGCUCCCACUCCCACUCUCCCCAGCCAGUCAAUGAAGUGCCGGGCUCUGCUGUGGAGGCUGGAGGGAGGAAGCGCCAACCAGAAGGGCUGCUCUAACAUCAUCAGAUUUGUUGCAGUGCAGUCAGUGCAGCAACCCCUCACCCAAUCUGACUCCCCCAGGACUUGUUUCUGGGCCGGCAUUUCUUUGCCUGUGUAAGUUGUGAAUGUUUGUGCCAAUUGGGCAUUCACAUCUAUUUGGUGAUCUCUCGACAAUAUUUCUAAUUCAAUUGUUUUGGUGUAUUAAAGGCACCUGUGAAAGUAUGGGUUAAGAGAACCACUAUUCAUAAUCACAUUUAGACGUUAAGAAGGUUAUGAAUGAGGCAUAUCGAAUUUCAUGUCAAAAAAAACUAUUCUUCAUCAAAUUUUAAAAAUCUGUUGACAUAUCCGAUCCGGCCAGCAAAUGUUUCCAUAUAGUGGUUACUCGUAUCAAGCUUGUAUACUGUGCACACCUACACAUAUCUCAUUACAUGUCAAGAUUUAUCUUGAGCAGUCAGUUCAGAAACCUAUGGCUUCAAUCUUGUUUUGUCUAUUUGUGACUGAAUAGUAUUCUAUGACUGUUAUAAAUAUUACAAUUAUACCAGUAGUAUAUAAAGUUCAUACAUCCAAGAUGUUAAUUGUUAUAAUUUAGAUGUUACUUUGGUUAAAUUAUUAGGGACGUUAUAUGAAGAGUUAAGAGUUACAUUACUUACAUGUCAUAUCUCACACAAUGCUUCGUAGAAAACAUUUUCAUGCGACCAAAACUUCCUAUAGCCUUUAUGUAACAUAAAACGUAUCUUCUUGAGACAAUAAUGUUUUAAAAUGAUUGGUUUAUUUAUGAAAAUGUUUCACUCCGAUAGAAAAUUUUAUGCUGUUAGGGAUUUUAUUUUUCCCGUCCUUGUAGUUGGUGUAUAGUUAUAACACAUUUUAAUCGUGUUGUUGUUUUAAAAUUAUAAACAAGGCGCUGAGUGGUACCACAACUGGUUUGCUUCAAAAGCCUACUGGUUGCCUUCAAAGUGUAAUUUUUUUCCUUUUUUUGUUGUUCUUUUGUACUUUAUGGUUCAUUAUAAUUUAAUGAAAAUUGGGAAAUAAUUGGAUUUCACAUUGUAUAAACAUAACACAUAUCAGAUUGGACAUGUGACAAUAAUCACUCGCUAGUCAGGGUGAUGUGUAUGAGCAAUUUUCUCAGUUUUUAUCCUUACAGUAAAAACUGAAACCAUUGUCGGAAUGGUCCACAAUUGGGAAACCAUGUCAGACCUAGACAACCCUGACUAGGCUUCUCCAAUACUAUAUGUGAUUGAACAAGAUACUUUUAAAAAAUUAGCUUUCAAAAAAAAAAGCAUUGGUUGAAUGUAAGUACAUCACACAAACUCUCGUCCUAUGUUAUGCAUUUUAUUGUUAAGGCUGUGUGGGGGUACAAAAAUGCAAAACAUGAAGUACACUACUUGUUUGCCUGGUGCUGAUUAUGCUGUACUAUUAAGAUUAAAUUUUAAUAUUGACUUAAGCUACAAUGUACACACUACAUUGCGUUAUAACUACUGAACCCUCAUCAGUGUGCCCCUUUGGCAAACACUAUCCAUAUGGUAAUAAUCAAUCUAAAGUAGUACAAACAUGGCACAGAUGAUAUUGUACAUUUAUUUUCGAAAUAAAUAACAAAUUCCAAUGUAGGCCCUAUCGAUAAAUGCUGUGACUCAGUAAUUCAGUAAGGGAGGGUCAUUAAAAGCAUAUUUGUCAAAAAAACGAAAAAGAUUCUCCUUUAUAUAUUGGGUCACGUUAUUAUUUGAGCAUGUUGCACAAAAAGGAUUAAAAUUGAUUGACCAGAGUAAGUUUUUCAAUAACUAUAUUUAAUUUCUACAAAUCUAAGUAAAUCCAAAAUAUCCAACUUACAAAUAUAAGACAGAUUAUACAUAUUACUUGUGCAAAUAUAAUUAUUUGGAAUGAUUGGUGAGUUUGUACAUAUUGAGUGAAUGUUGGUGAGUAUCGUGUGAUGUAGCACUGAGUUUCCAGAGCCUGUUAUCAUAAGGUUACAAAAUGAUGUUGUAUAAUUAAGUUUUGUUACAAUUUCGUAUUUAUGAAGUGAUUGAAACAAUAAGCAGAAAAAGAAACGAUGCAUUCUGCAUAUCAUACAGCAUUUAUGUAGACACUCUGUGAGUGUUGUUGACUAACAGUCCCAGUUCCUUUCCUUCAGUUUGUGGUCCAUUUGUUGGGCCUAUUUUCUGUGUACUUGUCUCUGUGGCUAAGCUCUUGUAAAAUUUCAAGUAAGUCUGCUAGCUAUGUCAAGAUUUUACUAAGAGUUCAAUGUUUUGAUUUUUUUUUUUUUUGAUUGAUUUUUUUUAGAGAUAAGUGGUUUAAGCUGACUUGGUCGGUAUUUAAUUGUCUUAAGAUUUCUAAAAUGGAGAGGUAUCUUGAUUGAAUUGCACGGAAAGUAUUUUUGCAGCCCUUGUCUCUACUUUUUUCUCCAGAGAGAACAUGGUCCUGAAAACAGAGGAAGAGAAAACUUGCACUUGCAUGCAAUGCAAAAAUUUAUGAUACAUCCCAGCAUUUCCCUCAACUACAAGACAAUUAGUUUCUUCGUUAUACUCUACGUACUUGUCUGUAAAUUACUGUCUUGCACCCAAAACCUUGUUGGUUGCAAAUUGUUCGGAGGAAAAUUUUGUUUUUACAUUGCAUAUCCAGUUGGUAACGUUAAACAUAGAAGAUUGGGACUUUUUUUUACAAGCUGCUGUAAAUUGUGCUGACCCCAUUUUGGAUGCUACCUGAUUUGAUCUGUUCCCAAUUCUGGACCUAGUCCACCCCCUGUCUCCUCUUUAUUUAAUUUUAAAAUAGGAUUCUAUGUUUGUCAAAAUGUCUUCCAUCUCUUCCCUCUUAUUUGUUUAAAUCCAAAAUGGUGUCUGAUUGUGUGUAUGGCAUGCUUAAGCAUUGAUAUCAAUGGCAGAUUUCAGAAAAACAAUUUUGAAAUGGUAGGCAUCAAUAUUGAUGCCAAUUUUGACAGAGUUGCACCAUGUAUCUGGAUCUGGGUUUGCCUGGAGAGGCGGAGCAUCCUCUCCGUGAUCUGAAUGCAAGGAGCCUGAGAGUGGAUAUUGUUGGAUCUGUAUAAGGUCAAAAGAGUCUUCCAUUUGUAUAGAAGAAAUUAUGAAGCUAAGAACUCCUGAAGGUUAAGAUAGCAUUGAGAUAGAUCUGCAUUAGAAAAUGAAAGCGCAAUGUUAAUCUCAGAUGAAUAAUUUAUUUUUUUGUAAUAUAAUGUAUUGAAAUGCUUUGUCAAUGACAAAACUUUGUUUUUGUCUAGGAAAAAUAAUAUUUCUGUUAUGUUCCAGAGUUGAGUUAGUUAAUUCUGAUCUGUUCGUUUGUCAAAAUUUCAGUCCUUGAACUCAAACUAUGUUGUUAUGAUUCAAUUUUGAGAAUUUUUGUACCUUAUCUACUUUCAUUAAUUGCAUCUUUUCGCACCCAAUACUAGUGAAUGAUAGCUUUUAUGUCUACUGUUUAGCUAUAGUCUCACUCUUUGCGUUUGGGUGAAGUGGAGCUUACCGAGGUGGCCCACCUUGCAGAAUGAUAACUGAUGUGUUGUGUAAAAUACAACUUAUAAUAAAGCUUAUUCCACAAUUCAA